GAUAUAUCAAAACACAUGUCUGGCAUCACAGUGAACACGGCCAUUUUGCGGCCAUUUUAUUUUCCCCUGUCGCUGGGCAGGCCGGUUGAGGAGGAAUAAUUCCGUAUUAUUCUUCCAAGGCAUAAAAACGCGUAAAAUUGUUUGAAUGAAGUGAGAAGUGCAACAUAAAUCAUGGCGCGAUACGGUCAAAGACCGGAAAAUGCCCUUAAACGGGCCAAUGAGUUUAUGGACCUUGACAAACCGGCCAGAGCCCUGGACACGCUGCAAGAGGUGUUCCGCAACAAGAAAUGGGCUUACAACUGGUCCGAGUCGGUCCUCGAGCCGAUCAUGUUCAAGUACCUGGAGCUGUGUGUGGACCUUCGCAAGUCGCACAUAGCCAAGGAAGGUCUAUUUCAAUACAGGAACAUGUUUCAGUCUGUCAAUGUUGGGUCACUGGAACAAGUAAUACGAGGAUAUCUACGCAUGGCGGAAGAGCGUACAGAGGCUGCGCGGGCGCAAUCGACGCAGGCCGUGAUAGACACGGACGAUUUGGACAACUUGGCCACGCCAGAAAGCAUACUACUCAGCGCUGUGUCGGGGGAGGAUGCGCAGGAUCGUUCCGAUAGAACUAUACUUACACCAUGGGUGAAAUUCCUGUGGGAAUCGUACUGUCAAUGUCUGGAGUUGUUGCGUACCAACGCUCACGUCGAGACGCUGUACCACGACAUCGCGCGGAUGGCAUUCCAAUUCUGCCUCAAGUACUCGCGCAAAACCGAGUUCAGGAAACUCUGUGACAAACUAAGGAAACAUCUUGAGGACAUUUGUAAACCCAAUGUACAAACUGGUAAUGUGAGCAUCUCCAAGCCUGAGACGCAGCAACUGAACUUGGAGACCAGAUUGUUCCAACUGGACUGUGCUAUUCAGAUGGAGUUGUGGCAGGAAGCCUACAAAGCAAUUGAAGACAUCCACAACCUAAUGAACAUGUCAAAGAAAACUCCUGUUGCCAAGACAAUGGCCAACUACUACGGAAAGUUGGCGCUUGUUUUCUGGAAGGCGGGCCACUGCUUGUUCCACGCGGCUGCGUUGCUGAAACUCUUCCAACUGUCGCGAGAGAUGAAGAAAAACAUCACCCAAGAGGAGCUGCAAAAAAUGGCGUGUCGCGUGCUAGUCGCAGUGCUCUCUGUGCCGUUGCCGUCUCUGCACCCUGAGUUCGACCGCUUCGUGGAGACCGACAAGAGUCCUGUCGAGAAGGCGCAGCGGCUGGCGGUGCUUCUUGGUCUGGCGCAACCGCCGACGCGAGCUAGCUUGCUGAAAGAUGUGGUCCGUCUGAACGUGGUGGCGCUGGCUUCGCCACAGCUACAGCAGCUCUACGCGUGGCUCGAGGUGGAGUUCGACCCGCUCACCAUCUGCCACAACGUGCACUCCAUCGUCAAGUCGCUGCAGGAGGAGCCCAACUCUCCACUCGCCCAAUACACUACGGCCCUGUCCGACGUGGCGUUGGUCCGUCUGAUCCGUCAAGUGGCGCAGUGCUACGCGUGCGUGCAGUUCUCUCGCCUGCUGGAGCUGGCUGCGACCGACGACCUGUUCCACCUCGAGCGGCUGCUGGUCGACUGCGUGCGACACAACGACAUGCAGAUACGCAUCGAUCACGCUAACAAAUGUGUUCACUUUGGAGUGGAGGCAGGCGGCGGCGAAUGGUGUUCUGCUGCCGACGAAGCAUGCGGUGGCGCUAUUCUUCAGGCCACACCUGCUGAACAGGUCCGCGAGCAGCUGGUGCGCGCUGCGGAGGUGUUGUCGCGCGCAGUGAAUGCGCUGUUCCCCGCGCGCCGCCGCGCCGAGCGCGAGCGCGCGCGCACGCACAUGGUGCAACACUACCACGAGCACAAGCACGCCGAGCACCAGCGCGUGCUGCAGCGGCACAAGAUCAUCGAGGAGCGCAAGGAGUACAUCGAGCGGCUCAACACUGCGCGCGAGGAGGAGGAACUCAGACGUCAAGAAGAGCAACUGCGCGCCGCUGCCGCGGCCGAAGCACGUCGUCAAGAGCAAGAGCGCGAGGAACGCGAGAAGAAACGUCACGCGUCGGAGCUAGCCGCUAUGCGUGAGCGGCACUUGCGCGAGCGCAUGGCGCACAUCUCGCAGACCGCACACGGACAGAAGAUGCUCGGCAAGCUCAACGAGGAGGAUCUGAAGAAAAUGGACGCAGACACGAUCGCCCAGCGCGAGGCUGAAGAAUUGAUGAAGGAACGUCGCGACUUGCAAGCUAAACUUAAAACGCAAGAGAAGAAGGUUGACUACUUUGAAAGAGCCAAGCGCUUGGAGGAGAUUCCGUUGCUCCAGAAGAAUCUGGAAGAGAAACAAGUUCAAGAUAAAGCAUUUUGGGAGCAACAGGAGAAGGAGCGCAUUCAACAACUCAUUGAGGCCCGCGCGAACGACGUGGCGUCGGCGAGCCGCAUGUCGCGCAUGGCGCCGCACCGCGACCUGUUCAUGGCGCGCCUGCGCUCGGAGCGCGGCGCCGCGCACGUCGCGCGCCUCGCCGCCUUCAACGACAAGCUCGCGCACGAACGAGAGAAGCGCCUCGCCGAGAGACGCACGCAGAGACGAGAGAAGCGCAGGCAGGAGUGGCUGGCAGAGAAGCACCGUGCGGAAGAGCGUGCGGCUGAGGAGGCUCGCCGUCUUAAGGAGGAGGAGGAACGCAAGGAGCGCGAGGAACGCGAGAGGAAACACCAAGAGGAACUCGCCGCGCUCAGGGAACGCAAGGAGAAGGAAGAACGCGAACAUCAAGAAAUGUUGGCCCGCGUUGAAGCCAAAGCGCGCGCUAAAGAAGCGGAAGUACAACGCAAACUGGAGGAACAGAAAACGGCCGCAGCUAGCGCGUGGCGUCGUGGCGGCGCACAACCCGAAAAAGAGAAAGACGAAUCGGCCUGGCGCCGCGCAGGCGCACCACCCGAGAAAGAGAAGGGAGAUGGGUGGCGACGCGGACCUCCCGGCCCUGAGAAAGAAAAGGAUGAGAGCGAGUGGCGACGCGGAGCACCCCCUGGUGGCGACAAGGAGAAGGAUGAUGCAUGGCGCCGAGGACAACCUGGCGGAGGGUAUAAGAAGGAAGCCGUUCCAGGCAACGUGUGGCGCAAGGAUGAUAAGGAGCCAGAGAAGAAAUCAGAACCGUGGCGCUCCAGUCGCAUGCGCGAGACAGGAGGUCGUUCACCCGAUAGGAAACCGAUGGAUGAUAGGCGCGACGACCGUGGUCCAAGAGACGACCGUGGCCCAAGAGACGACCGCGCCCCGAGAGACGACCGUGCCCCGAGAGACGACCGCGGCCCGCCCGGCGAUAAGGAGAAAGAUGAUGACGUGUGGCGCCGCGGCCCGCCCGCCUCCACCCGCAUGCGCUCGCCUGAUAGGCGCCGCGACGACCGUCCGCCGCCCGACGAUAGACGCGAUGACCGCGGUCCCAGAGAUGACCGUGGUCCCAGAGACGACCGUGGCCCGAGGGACGACCGCGGUCCAAGGGAUGGAGGCGAGUGGCGUCCGGCCAACCGUGAUUCCGAGAGGGCUCGUUACGGCGGUCGCUCGAGCGGCCCAGAAGGCGCAUGGCACCGCGGCGGUUCCGAUGCACCUUCUGGCCCACCGGACCGUGGCUCGUGGCGGUCCAAGGACGGACCGUCGCGGGACGACCGCUACCGCGACGCGCCGCGCGACCGUUACCCGCCGAGGAGAGACGACAGACGUGACGAUCGCGACGGCCCCAGGCGCGACGAUCGUGAUGGACCACGACGCGACGACCGCGACGGGCCGCGUCGCGACGACAAGGACGGACCGCGCCGCGACGACCGCGACCGCCGCCCGCCGCCGCGCCGCGACGAUAAACCCCGCGAUGCUGACGGUGACAGCUGGCAGCAAGUCACAAGGCGUUGAGAGCGUCACCUCGUCGUUCAAUCACUUUAUACGUUCAUAUAGAGCUUGCAUAUUAUAUUCCCAUCGUUUUUACCAACUAAUGUUUAAAGGAUUGUCAUUAUACCCCCCAUCUUGCAAUUUAAGGGUUCAGAAUAUAUAACGUAUCGUCUAAAAAAUAUAUAAUUCGGUAUUUACGCCUUAUAUGGACAAUUUAUUGUAAAUUGAUAAAUAAUGUAACGCAAAAUUAUAACUUCAGUUGUAUCAAAAAUAUGUUUACAAUACCAUGAUGUGUAAAACUGAACCCAAUAAAAUUGCCUCAUAUAUCAUCAGUGUUUUUAAUUACCUACUCUGUUUUGCGAUUUAGUAUACUAUAAGCCAGGAGUGGUGAACCUUUUUUGGCUUACGUGUCAUUAAUGGAAAAAAUCAUAAUGUGCCUGUACUCUUAGGGCUGGCCUUACUAUUCAAGAGCGAGUUUUUUUUAGCUCCAACUACAUUUUUCUUGGCAUACAUUCUCAAUUAGUGUCGAAUUAGGUUCUCGCGUGCCAAUGGUUCGCCAUCCCUGCUGUAAGCUAAUGCGUGGUUGUGGGCUUUGUUUUUACUCGCUUAUGCAUAUUUCGACAUUUUAAUGCAACGUAUUGUUAAAUAAUGACUAGAUAAUAUUAGAUAAAAUUAAUCGUCGCACAUAAGACCUACGACAUGCGUCAUGAAUAUAUUGCCUUAGAUAAAUCGAUAAGCAGCCAAAUUGUCUAUAGAAUUUACCAGACUGCUUACAUUUCAUGUUAUUAGAAGUAAAUAUUGACAAUAUUAUGUACAAAUUACAAUUUUAUUCACUUACUGCCAUUUACAAAAUCUCAUACAAUAAGUAUAUACACGUAUGGUUAUGCAACUCGUCAUAUUUCAGUACUCAAUAAAUGGUCGGAAUGAAAA